GAAAGAAUGAAGGAGAGAGUUGCACUGUUGGCAUUUUUCUGCCUGUUGAUGUCUAUAGCAUGCUCGCCGCUCUAUCCAUCACUUCGGUUUGGAAGACAUGCUGAUGCCAUAUUCACCAACAGUUAUCGCAAGGUUCUGGGUCAAAUAUCUGCCAGAAAAUUCCUUAAGACAAUCAUGGGCAAACGCCUUGGGGAGGAGACUGAACACUAUGUCAAACGUCAGUCAGACUUCUAUGAAGAUGCUUAUAAACAAGAUCUCACAUCCAUUCUGAAGGAGCAAAGUUAUAGGGAACAACAAAGAGGUUUCAAAAGGCUAAGGUAA